CACAGGUUUCAUGAUUCCAUCCACUCCCUUCCCGGAUAAGCCAUUGCUUGGCUCUUACCACCUUGCAAAAUAAGCAAACUCCAAAGGUUGUCCAAAUCCUCAUUCAUCCAUGGCUUUAGCCGUUGCUGCAUCUGCAUUCUCAGCCUUGCCGAACAGGGAAUUACCAAGAAAGUCUGUCCCAGGAAAGAUUGCUACAUGUUUGCCUAAGCGAGGUUGUCUGAAUGCUACAAAAGGCCCGUCCAGCGUCUGCGAGCCACUUCCUCCCGACCGGCCGCUAUGGUUCCCUGGUAGUUCACCCCCUGAAUGGCUUGAUGGCAGUCUUCCUGGAGAUUUUGGCUUUGAUCCACUUGGAUUGGGGUCCGACCCGGAACUCCUAAAAUGGUUUGCACAAGCUGAACUGAUGCACGCUCGGUGGGCAAUGCUUGCUGUUGCUGGAAUUCUAAUCCCGGAAUGGCUAGAAAGCCUUGGAUUCAUCGAGAACUUCUCGUGGUAUGAUGCUGGUGCAAGAGAGUACUUUGCAGAUCCAACAACGUUAUUCGUGGUGCAGUUAGGCCUGAUGGGGUGGGUUGAGGGGCGGAGAUGGGCCGAUAUGAUUAAUCCCGGUUGCGUUGACAUUGAGCCCACGUUUCCAAAUAGGAAGAAGCCGAAGCCUGAUGUAGGAUACCCUGGGGGACUGUGGUUUGAUCCCUUCAUGUGGGGCAGAGGGUCGCCUGAGCCGGUUAUGGUGUUGAGGACUAAAGAGAUCAAGAAUGGUAGACUUGCUAUGCUAGCUUUCAUUGGUUUUUGCUUCCAAGCCGUAUACACGGGACAAGGCCCCAUCGAGAAUUUGAUGGCGCACAUUGCAGAUCCUGGCCACUGCAACAUUUUUUCGGCUUUCACAUCGCAGUAACGCUGACAGUCUCUAGACGGGAAUGAGGAAUGGCCGAAGUGGUAAAGCUAAAAUUAUUGGAUUGGUUGAGACAAAAAUUCCUUGUACCUUCUCCUCGGAAGCAGUCUGAUGUACAUAUGAAAGAGCAAGAAAAAUCUCUGAAUUCUUCUAUAUCACACUUGUUUUAUGCCAUUGUUCAGACAUUAUCAUACAUGCUGACAUUAACAUGAUCAUCUUCGAUGUAAGAUGAAAGACUCCAUUUCAGAAAACCAGCGCAGACUGAUGAUUCAAUAUCAUAGUAUACAUAGGAGAUCAGGCCUCACUAUUCAACUCGGAAGUAUAUGUUCUUUUGUUCUUGCCAAACUAAUUAUUGCAUGAGCAUCACUUCAUUCACAUUGUAGUAUAAAUACAUUGACAUUGA